AUGCCCGUCUCCGAAGAAACACAAGAGCGUAUUCAAACACUCGUCGAGGUCGGGAAGACCGUGUUGUACUACGGCUGGAUUCCUCUCAUCAUCUACAUUGGCUACACAAGGAGCAACCCACACCCGUCACUCAUCCAGCUCGUCAGUCCGCUAGCAUGA